CCAUUUUGCGACAGUAUUGCUAAUUGAAGCACGAGACGCUGCUCCGUCCUUGUCACUGUCUGGGGUAAAAUAAAUCGCGGGCUUCGUUGCCGUCAUUAACAAAACUACAAAAAGAAUAAGAAUAAAAUGGAACAACCCAACGUUAUAAUCUGCUACUUCUGUGGGAAUUCAUACACUCUGUCAGAGAAUGAAGCGGAGGACAAUCUGCCUCGUACGCUCAUGUGCAGUCACAUUUUCUGCACGUCGUGCCUGCAGUCCAUGGAGUGUGACAAUGUGAUCAAGUGUCCCGAGUGUGAGGUGGAGUCAAGCCUGCCUGAAGACGGUGUGCUGGGGCUGCAGGAGGACGCUCGCAUCAUUGGCCUCAUCUAUACUGCCAAAAUGAACAAGAAGAGGGGGUUGGACAAAUCAAACAAUCGCAGGAAACUCAGAGCGUUAUCCUCUAACACCAAUGGCAACACCAAGGAUGCAGAGCAGCCGGUGACCAAUGAAAAGAGUGAGAGAGCUGUGGAUGAGGCGUUGGCCACCGCUGCGGAACAUCUGGCCAGACUGGAGCACUUACACCAGACUUUAACUACAGGCCUGGUAGAACAAGUGAAGAAAGAGCAAGCUCGAUUGGAGUUGGAGAUCUACCACGCCGUUGACAAAGCGAUACACGCCACCCAUAAGUGGCGUGACAUGCAGCUGAGUAAGCUACACGGACUGGAUGCUCACUUCUCCAGCACCCACGCUGAAGUUUGCAGGGUCAAGGCGAGGUUGGCCUCACUGGAGACUGCUGUGCAGAAAGCCAAGAAGGUGCGAAGCGUGCCCUUCCUGGAGCUGUACGGCGACUGGCAACAGAUUUUGAGGACUCUACAGGCUCCUGUGGACAACCAGUCCUUCAACAUGAAGUGCAUCACCAUGGGCUGUGGACUAAGUGUUAAGUUCAAGUCCCAGUUUCUGAACCAGAGUGUGGAGUUAAUUCUGACGAUGGAUGAAGGCAAGCCAAACAACCUGUCUGAGAUGCCAUGUCACCUCCAGCAACACAUUAGCGGCCUUGCCCAAAAGCCUGCCGGACAUGGUCAUGUCGAAUCUUUAGCCAGCAGCUACAGCCACCACAGCCGCAGCAAAGCCAAGAGUCCACUGAGGAAGAUGAGUCAGAGGAGGAUGAGCCCCAAAAGAAGGAGCCCUGCUUCUCGCUGCGCCUCUCCGAGCCCAACGCGUAGUAGCAGCCGCUACCACUGCAAGACAUCCUCUUCAGAUAACGCCGCUGCUGAUGACGUUAUUGAGGAGUUUAUCGAGAUGGAGGAGCAGUACGUUACCCCUCCAACUGGUCCCGAGUUGUCCAAGGAGAAGCAGAGGUCACGCAGGAGAGGAAGCUUGGAUUUGUCGAGGAGAAAUGUUGCUCAGUGGGUGGUAGUGACUCACGUGGUCAACCCCACUCACUUCUACGUGUGUUACGUGGCCGAAAAGCGAGAGAGUGACAUUCUGUCCAAGGAGAUCAACGCCUUCUGCAAACUGGACACCAGUUGCUUCUCCUCUGCCGACAAUGUGCGAACUGGCUCCAUGGUCUUGGCGAAAGGAAAUCAGGGUCUGUGGUGCCGCACCAGUGUGCUGGAGGUCUUCCAAAAUGGCUGCAACAGCAGUGUGGAUGUCUGCCCGGUUGACCAAGUCAGCCGGAUCUGCGUCUUCUUCAUUGACUACGGCUUCACCAAAAGCUUGGCCAUAGAAAGGAAUGUUUUGCGCACGGUGUCCUCAGUAGACGUGGUGAACAACCACCUGAGGAAGAUGCACACAGAGCUGGUUCGUUUUGCUCCUCAGGCCAUCCGAUGUUCCCUUAAGGACCUGGUCCCCUACGACCUGACCAGGGGCUGGAGCAAAGAGGCUCAGACGGCAUUCUGCCAAGUGGUGGGGUCUGCCGUCGUGGAAAUGACUUCCUUUGGUCAGGACAGAGAUGCCAUGCUGGUGGACCUCAGCAAAGCUCCUGUAGGACCAUCCAACGACAUUCCCAUCUCCAUCCGGGAUUAUCUGGUGCUCAUUGAAGUGGCCAGGUUUUAUUAUCCGGUAAAGCCGAGCAGGAAGCAGCUCAAGUACUACCCGGCCAUCCCACCCAAACUCCACACGGAGCACAGCGCAGUGGUGACACACGUCAAUAGCCCCGAUGACUUCUACAUUCAGCUGCAGACUGACAACAUGGAGUUGUCGUUGCUGAAAGCCAAGCUUCAGGAGUGCUACAACGCCAAGAGUGGAGAAGAAGAACUGCUGGUUUACUGUCCCAUCAUCGGACAGGCCUGCGUGGCCCGCUUUGAAGAAAACGUGUGGUACAGAGCCGAAGUCAUAGGUCAUCUGGGGGACAGAAAGGUGGAGGUGCGCUGCAUUGACUUUGGAUUUAAGACAACAGUGUUGGUCAGCGACUUGAGGAAGAUAAAGGAUGAGUUCUUCUCCCUGCCGGCAUUGGCGAUCCGGUGCUGCUUGUCGGACGUGCUUCCUCUGGCUGGAGAGACAUGGAGCGAUGCCUGUGUGAAACGCUUCUUCAGCCUGGCUCGUGACAAAUUCUUCACCAUGGUGGUUACAGAAAAAUCCCCAAAGACAAAACCUCUACCCAUCAAGCUGCUUGAGAGCAAUCCCACUGACCUACCCACUGACAUAGCCGAGGUGCUAAUUAAAGAGCAGCUGGUGUGCUCCAAAAAUGGGCUUAAGACCAACAUGGCAGAGGUCCCCGACAAUGACGGCGCCAUAUGGGACCCGCCGCUCGACCUGAGUAGUCUCGGGCCGUCGGACCCUAGUGCCGGCACAGCGGUGGAGUUCCAGCCUCGGCUCAGCCUCCCCGCCAGCCUCAAGGACGCCAAAGUGCGAGUGAGCCACGUCACCUCACCCAGCAGCUUCUACAUCCAGUUCAUCCAAAACGACUCUCAACUUAAAAGGUUGAAUGAGCUUCUGAAUGAGGAAUGUGAGCUCUUGGAGCCUCAGGACGUGGCAUGGGAGCCAGACAUGUUCUGCGCGGCUCACGUCAACCAAGUUUGGGAAAGAGGACUGAUCUGCUCCAAGGUCUUGUCCGCUGACAUCGCAGAGGUGAUGCGCUGUGACCACGGCAACAAGGUGAAGCUGCACGUGAGCAACCUACGGCCACUGUCGGCUUCAUUGGCGGGUUCUUUUGCUCUGGAGUGCUCGUUGACGGACAUCAAGCCUGCAGGGGGCCAACCCACUUGGACCGCCACAGCCUGCGACUUCAUGCGUGACUUCCUGUCAGGAGCCUCGGCUGUUGUCACCAUCCACGAGAUGACAGAUGAGCGGCCGGUAGCUGUCACUCUGAUGUGUACCAACAAGAUGGGAGAGUUGAUCAGCAUCUCGGACUAUCUGGCCUACAGUGGUCUCGCCCUCAGGGAGAGGAAGCCAGUGUUAGAGAGAUGCGUGGAGGAUUUGGCUUUCAAAGAAAGCGAAAUGGCCGUUCCUCCUGAAGAGCCGAGAGAUCCUCAGUCUUCUGAUACCAACAUACAAGCUGAGACUCCUAAAUGGACGGCUGCUCCUUUGCCAGCAUUCCCCUCAACACCUUUCCCCGCCAGGUCCACCCCUUGCUCAACCAGGCCCACUGAGAAGGUGAAAACUGAUAAAUACAAACCACCGGAGCUUCCGCAGCUGGGCCACAACCGCAUGACCAUUUCUGCCAUCAAAGAGGACGGACUCAUCUACGCCAGAACUGACACAGCAGGUUGUCAUUUGGAGCAGUUGAGGGACAAGAUCCAGCAGAGCAUGAAGACGCUGCCCAAUCAGAAGCCGUACACCUGGAAGACGGUACAGGGAUGCGCCGUCAUUGGGCCCGACAUGCUGUGGUACCGGGGCCAGCUGCUGGAGGUCCAAGGGGGGCACGUCAAGGUCCAGUAUGUGGACUAUGGCCAGGUGGAGAGCAUUCCGGUGGUCCACGUGUACCCCCGCCUACUGUGCGAGGACAUACCUCAACUUUGCAUGGCCUGUCAGCUCUACGCCAUCAAGCCUGUCGGAAACAGUUGGCAUCAGGAUGCCGUGGAGCUUCUCAACGAGAUGCUCUUGCAUCGCCGUGUGGACGUCAGCGUCCUGAAGCUGCCAACAGACCUCAGCCGACCACUCACAGUUGAAAUCUUCUUGGAUGGACUGAGCCUCAACACCAUCUUGUGUCAGCACAAACACGCCCUGAUGGACUGGACCGCACCACCGGGACCUUCUCUGCCUCCUGACUCUAUUUUGGACAUCUGGGACAUGGACACAGAGGGUUUGCUGGGCCCCCGGGAGGUGAUGUUGGGGCCCUUCUCUGACCCCGUCCUGCCCGAGAUUGGUCAGCGCCUGAAUGUCCGCGUGAGGCACCUGCAGACUCCCAAUGAGUUGUUCUUGUGGUGGGAGGACAUGGCCCAGGAAACGGUGGACGGGGAAACUCUGGACCAGUGCAUGUCACAGAUCAACGCUGACGUUCCCAGUCUGCUGCCACUCACCAACUUCCCUCAUGGCGGUGCAUGUCUGGCGGAGUACAACGAUGGCAACUUCUACCGCGCCAAGAUGCUGAAGAUCAUCAGCGCCGAUCCCGUCCAGAUCCUCAUCCAGCACGUGGACUUCGGCUCCAAUGACACCGUGCCCACCAACAGGUUGCGACAGAUGCCGGCCAAGCUGCUGCGCUUCCCUGUGCAGGCGCUGAAGGUGCGCGUGGCGGGCCUCAAGGCUCCCAGCGCCAGCACGGAGGACCAGGUGCUGCCCUACAGCCCGCAGUGGACUGUCAAGGCCACGCUGGCCAUGAUCGACCUGCUGCUCGGAGACCUAACCGCCGUGUUUCAGUGUGGGGACGCGUCCGCAGAGCCGUCCGUGUCACUCUACAACCAGGAGGGAGAAUUUGUCUUUUUGCCUCUGCUGGCCAGCGGCUUGGCACAACAUGACUGAAGGUCCAUUUCACACGGUUUGUUUUGUUUUACCUUCAAGCUGCAUUCACCAAAGGAAAAAGUUGUUUGACUCUGCCUUUUUCCCCCAUGGUCUUAAGAGUCCAUUUAAGUUGCCACUUCGUUUAAAUGGCAAAGACUUUCCAAAGUCAUUAGUGUGUUGCGCUUCAGUGCAUCGGGCUUUCGUGUUUUACACGCCAAACAAAUGUGGGGAUUGAUUGUCAUUCUUUAAAUAAAAAAAUUAUA